UUAGGAUGUUGAAAAUAUUAUCAUGUGGUUCGUCGUGGUUCACAGAUUGACGACAGAUUUAUAAAAACGGUACUUGACACUUGUACUUGUUGGUUAUAAAGACAAGAGAAGCUCUUGAGUGGAACUGAAUAUUAUUUCCAAUAUUCACUCUGGUGUGAAUCCUAUCAGAAAAUGAUUGCUCUCCAUGCAAUAUAUCCAAUAGUUUAUAAGUUUUAAUGAUGUCAUUGACAAUUAAGCUACCUGAGGAUGCUGAAAAAAAUAUCUGUGUCAUGACCAAAAAAUGAACUCAAACAAUUAAGGUGCUUUACCUGUAAAUUAGAAACAAAACCUGAAUGAAAGCAUUGACAUGCAUUGAUGUUAGUAGGACAGAACGAGCAGGGUGCCAUAAGUUUAAAGCCAAAAAUAAAAAUUAUAAUCAAAUUUUUCUAGGAAUUAAGAUGAACAGACAAAUACUCAUUUUCAAAAUAGCAUCCUUACCCAGCUGAAGGGAACAAUCUAUUUUAUGAUGGAAUUGAGUCUUCAAGAAGAUAUCUUACAGAACAAUGACAAUAGAUCAUCUGAUGAGAUUAAAGUUGAAGGUGAAAUUUUGACAUGGGAUACCCUCUGGUUUGAAGUUUGUAGUUCUGGGGAGCACAAUGAAGAUAACAAGGAAACUGUGAACACUUUCUUUGAAACAUCCAGCUCUGAUCAAGUUAUUUGUAGUACAGAAAUAAAAAAUGAUGAUGCAAGUCCCAGUAUCCCAAAUAAAAAUGACGAUCAGAACAUUGGCAAAGAAGUCAUUGCAGUGACCACCAAAAGUACAUCUUCUAAUGUACCAGAACAUCCAAAUGAUGAUGUAUUUUCAGAGGCCAAAAGAAGAACUAGUGGUGUCAGGGAUAAAGCAAAAGGGUCACAAUUUAUAAACAAAGGCUCUGCUACUAAUCAAGACACAUCAGGUAGAACAAGUAAAGAAAAUUUUAAUACAGAAAAUCGGACGAGUUCAAGUAAAAAAAAUAAGGGAAAUAAAAAGGUCAAUGUUUCAGAUAAGAAACCACAAUGUAAAACAUCUGGGGCAAGCAUCAAGUACAAGCAAAAUGUAAAUAAACAUGAAAUUAAAGUGAUACGUACGAGUGAAAGGAGACAUGUAGAAAAAAUGUUUGAUAGUACAUUGUGGGACACAAGCACUUCUUGUAUUAAGAAAAAACCUAAAGUUGUUGAAAAACAAACAAUCACAACCGAGAGUCAACAUCUAGCAGAAACAAAUAAUGAAAACCAGAAAGAUACAAGUCACAAUUGGUCUUGUAAUGAAUUAACUGACUGUACAACUGAAACAAAAACAAAAACUCAAAUUAUUGAAAUACAAACAAUAACAACUGUUAGUCAACAUCUAGAAGAAAGAAAUAAAGAAAACCAGAAAGGCGCAAGUCAGAAUUCGCCAUGUAAUAAGUUACCUGACUCUACAACCGGAAUAACAGACAACACUUUUAAUGAUUUAUUAAGUGAAAUUGAAAUAAAUGUACCAUAUGGGUUAACCGACGAACAGUUCAAUAAAAUGCAUUCAACAACAAAAAGAAAAACUAAUAGUGAACAUAUGGAAGAUGCUAAAAUACAGCAAACAUUCAGAUUAAUGAAAGAUCAGUUCAAUAAUUUGAACUCUGUUACACGACACAACAAUGAAAGUGACCAAUGGGAUGAUCAUGAUGAUUCUGAAAAUAUUACAUUAAGCCUGAUAAAUAGUGAAUCUAAUUGUCAGCAAGUGGAGACAUCAUGUUACCAGGGUUAUCAAAGUUGUCAAUAUAGUAGGAAAGAAAAUGCAAAGAUCAUAAAUGUAAACCCACAAAUCAAAGAAUGUAAUGUUGUUUUAAAAGACACUCAAUACGGUAGAACAGAUAGAGCAAAAAUCAUUAAUGUGAGGGUUAACCCUCAAAUCAAAGAAUGUUAUGUUGUUCUAAAAGACGUUCUAAGAGAAAAUAUAUUAACAGAAAACACAGCAAACAAUCAAUCAACUGCACUAACACAUAGAAGAGUAGUUUAUUCUUGUAAAGAUGUAAAUGAAGAUGGAGAAAAUUUGAAUAGUUUGAGAGCAAAUAACAUAACAAAUGAAAAAAAAGUAAAAAAAUGUAUGAAAUCAUUCAGGUCCAGACUUGAAUUAAAUAAUCAGAAACAGAUAGGAAACAUUUGCAAAGGACAAAAGUUAAACAAACAAAGAAAACAAAAUUUUUGUAUCCCAUGUGGAAAAGGGUUCAAAUGUAAAAGCCUAUUUGAGGAGCAUCAGAAAAUACAUACAGACGAAAGACGAUAUUCACGUAAUGUAUGUUGCAAAAAGUUCAAGAAGUCCAGAUGCUUAAAACAGCACACUCGAAUUCACACUAGAGUCAGAACAAAAUUACAAAAGCAGAAAACUAUACAUUGGUGCUUCCCUUGUGGCAAAGAGUUUCAACAUAUGAGUAUGCUUAAAAAACAUCAGCUGGAAAAGCAUUCAGAUGUUAGACCAUAUUCAUGCUGCCUAUGUUCUAAAAAAUUUAAGAGGAUGUCCGUUUUAAGAUUGCACAGACGAAUUCACACAGGGGAAACACCAUAUUCAUGUGAAUUCUGUGAUAAAGAUUUCAGAUAUGAAAACUCAUUUCGCAAUCAUAUAACAAUGGUACAUACAGAUAUCAUGAAAAGAAAACCUUUUCUUUGUUUCUUUUGUGGAAAACUAUUUAGUCAGAAGUUUAAAUUUCAAAUUCAUGAGCUGUCACAUCAAACAGAGAGAAGACAGUCAAACAAAGAUUGUCAAGAUUCUGACAAAAAAGUAGACAAAAUAGUAGAAGGGAUUAUGAUGAACUAUCAGUCUAUUGACAGCAAAUCUAAAUAUAAUGAUACAAAGGUUUCAGAAGAAAAUUUUAAAUGCUCAAAGUGUGAUGCUACGUUUAAAGAUAAGGACAUUUUCACACUUCAUAAAGAGACAAAUGUGCAUUUUAAGACUUUUAAAUGUGGUUUUUGUGCUGAAGAAUUUGAUCUUGAAAAACUUUUGAUUAAGCAUUUAUAUAUCCAUAUCCGAAAGAACAGUUAUCACAACAAUGAUUUAAAAGGAGAGGACAAGAAGAACAACACUAUGAACAGAGAAAAAGAACAAAGCAAUAGUGGCAUUCACAUGUUUAAGGUUACCAGUAAUAAGGAAUAUCCACUGAAUUCAAAUGAGAAGCAUACCUGCUACCAAUGUGACAAACAGUUCUGUUCUUCUAGCUUAUUGAAAUCACAUGAGUUAACACAUUCCAUGCCAAGACCCUCAAAAUCCCAUUCAAAUAAAUGGAAAUUUAAUUGUUUUGAAUGUAAUGCUGGCUUUAAUCACAUGAGCAAAUUGAAAAUCCAUGAGAGCAGUCAUGCAGGAUUUAGGAUUCAGCAUUGUGAUCUUUGUGGUCAAAGUUUUCGAGAUAAAUAUACUUUAAAGAUCCAUAAUCAGAUACACACUGGCGAGAAUUUGUUCAAUUGUGAACUGUGUGACACAAGUUUAAAGGAAGGAAGUAAACUACAAGAACACAGGAGGAAAUACCAUACUGGUGAAAAACCGUUUAGGUGUUCUGUUUGUUUUAAAAGAUUUCAUGCAAAACGUUUGCUCAAUAAACACACAAAACGACAUCAUUCAUGUUCUCAAACAAAAACUUCAAAUGUCAUGCAAUGCAAUGAAGAAAUCCAGAUACCAAUCAGUAACAAUUUAUGGCUCAUCGAAAAAGCAGUGCCUGAAAAAAAUGAAAGGUUUGUUUGUUUACAUUGUGGAACUGGAUUUCAUUACAUAUCUAGAUAUAAGAAACAUCUUUUCACACACUCAAAUGUCAAACCUUUCACUUGUGAUGUUUGUGAUAAAUCAUUCCGUCGGAGACAUUCUUUGAAGACUCACAGGCGAAUACACACUGGGGAGAAACCGUACACGUGUAGAUUUUGUGAGAAAACAUUUUCUUCUGUAACUUCAUUAAUUUUCCACAGAAGGAGGCAUACUGGGGAAAAACCGUAUUUAUGUCAUGUAUGUGGUUUGCAAUUUUCUACAGGAACUAGCUUAAAUAAUCAUCAAUUGAUGCACCAGGAUACCAAAUUACACAAGUGCAAAACAUGUAACAAAGCAUUUAAGAGGCUGAGGGAUUUAGACAGCCACAAAGAAACUCACAGAGAAAGUCACAAACAAGAGGAUAAACUUAAAUGUGAAACAUGCUGUAAAGAAUUUAAGUAUAAAGAUAGUUUAAAAACUCAUAGAAGAAAUGUUCAUGCAGAGAAUAAGCUAUUUUCUUGUUUGAUUUGUCAGAAAAGGUUUGCAACAAACCAAGAGUUAAAUCAGCACAUACGUUCUCAUACUGGAGAAAAGCCUUAUGAAUGUGAUUUAUGCCAAAAAAGGUUUAGUAUACAAAAAUCACUAAACGAUCAUCUACGUGUGCACUCUGGAGAAAAGCCAUAUGUCUGUGGCAUCUGUGGAAAAGGAUUUAGCCAGUCAGGAAGUCGUAAUGCACACCGAAAAACUCACACUUUAUCUAAGCAGUACGUGUGUAAAGCUGGACAGUGUGUAAAGGAAUUUACUUUUAAAUGUAAUUACGAAAAGCACAUGAUAACACAUACAAAUGAAAGGCCGUUUACCUGUAAAGUUUGUAAAAAAGGGUUUACUCAAAGCAGCAGUUUGAAUACACAUUACAUAUUACACAAGAAAGAGUUGAAUUCAAAGAAUCAUGAUGAGAAAGAACUGAUUCAGAUUGAAUCUUUUACACAUGUUUCAGCUGAAUCCGAAAAAGCGAAAUUCGUUCAAGGAAAAGUUAAAGUAGUAAAUCAGACUUUAACGAAGUCAAAGUUUACAGUAACUCCUUCAAUGAUGGAUGAAGGGAAGAUGUCAACACAAAAAGAUGUCACGGAGGAGGAAGCUGAUCCAAAAGUUUUGAAUUUUAAAACCGCACAAAAACAAUUGACUAAAUCAGAUGGACCUAACUAUCCUUGUUCUAAAUGUGGAAAAGUGUUUAAUCAAAAGUAUAGUUUAAACUGGCAUCAGCAGACACACUACGAAAAGAAACAAUUUAAGUGUGAUGUUUGUGGAAAAGAAUUUAAUUUUAAGGGUAAUCUAAAAACUCAUCUUCGAGUCCAUACCAAUGAAAAACCAUACAAAUGUCAUGAGUGUGGUAAAGGGUUCAGCCAGAGCUCUAGUCUACAUACACAUAGUCGUUUACAUAAAAAGACAGCAACAUCAUCUUGAAAAGAAAUUAAUAUUAUUGAUUUUAUUAUUCCAAAAAUAAAAUUUCAAUUGUUA